GCGGUACUGUGAUGUGAUCUGUCCAAAUAAUGAUCUUUCGAAGAAAAUACGUCUUUAUUUUAUUGUUUUUGAUAAUAAUAACUAUGCAUGAGUCUGGAAACGUGACGUUGCGUAAGGAAUGUCCAACAGAUGAAGUGCACAAGUCCUGUUCGUUCCACGAGGAGUACACUUGCUGGGCGCAGCCAGAUCGCAUGGAGAGGGUCAAGUCUCCUGCACGAAGACUGCCCCAUUGCAGGACGGGAUGUUAUUGCAAGAAGGGUUCAGUUCGGGAAUAUCCCGGUGGCCCAUGCAUUGUUACUGCUGGUUGCCGCAACCGUAAGCUACAAUCGGUGUUGAAGCAUUUACCCACGGGUCAUCCUUACUCGACACGGGGAGGAAUUUAUUUUUAAUGUGGUCUUGUAGAGAGUAAUUAGAGGUAUACUCCCUUGCAAAUUGAUUUUAGUACUAAUGGACACACUCAGAGACAUUUAAUGUUUAUUUAAUCCGUUAGCCGUAGCCUUAGU